CCCCGAUACACCGCGCGCGAUACACCCGACGAUGACGAAAGCGAACAACAACCACGAGGCGAAAGGCGAAGGCCGCUCGAACCUUCACGGCCCGUUCAAGUGCCAGGACUGCGGCGAAUCGCGGAACAAGUCUGAGUUCUCGCAGCGGCAGCUUCACUUGCCCGUCAAGCAGCACAUGUCCUGCCGCCACUGCAACGAGGCGGAGAAGUUCGAACGCAAGGAGGAGCGAAGGAAGUCCCUGGAGAUGGGAAAGCAGUUCGCGGAGGUCAAGUCCGGCGAGAUUCACAACAAAGGCCGCGCGACGCACCAGAACUUCGUGUCGCAUUCGAACGUCGCGUGAGCGCGCGCGAUGCGCGGAGCGCGUCGACGACGGAGACACGACGCGCGUGAGGGGAUAUCAUCUCGGUAUCGCUUCGCGCGCGCCGGUGACGUCGCCGCGAAGAAACCCGCGGAGACGCGUGCCUUCCUCGAGCCACGACGCGCCCAAAAAAAAAAUGCACAUGCGCGACGAAAUAGAAAAACGCCGCCCUGCCGCCGUUGAAUACGAGUGACGUCUGUCGUCUGUUUCCAUC